UCAUCGAAAGUUCUGUCCAAGCCUAAUAAUAUUCUCAAAUUUAUGGACCGAUUCGUAACUUUUCCAUGUCUCAUCCCAAUUUUGAUAUUCGCUUGUAUCGUUCUAGCCAUGCCCGUCGUUGGCCAGACGAGUAGAGCCUGCACCGGAGCAAUGUUGAGUAGCUUUGGCAAUUGUAUCGGUUUUCUUGCUAGCCGUUCCAAUGCAUCUUCACCAACUUCAGAUUGUUGUAGUUCACUCAAGAGCCUAAUGAGCAAUGGACAAGAUUGUUUGUGCCUUAUUGUUACUGGUGGUGUUCCUUUUCAAGUACCUAUAAAUCGAACGCUAGCAAUUUCUCUCCCACGUGCCUGUAGGAUGUCUGGCGUGCCUGUUGAAUGUAAAGCCACUAGCACCCCGAUUCCAGCUCCAGGUAUCAUCUCUUAAAACUUGCUAAAACUUUACUUUUGAAGUUCGAGCUUCACUAGAAUAAGAAGCCCAGAUUUCUAAGAAUGCACAACGAAGGUCAUGGAAAUCAUCUACUAAUUAUUAUUUCAG